GUCGCGCGUCAUUUUCCUUUAUUCUUGUAGUUUUACUCCCCACGCAAUUUGUAUUUAUUUAUAUCGGUUAUAUUAUAUAUAGGGUUUUUUUGCGUUCACCAGUUAACUUAAAUACUCAAAGUCCAGUAGUAAGUUUUACCACGUCUAUCGUCUUGACUGCUUUUAAACGCAUAGACUUGCAAUUGACCAUGGUGGCUAUUGUGGCUUAGCUACAUGCUAGCUAUCUUGGUUAAUAGGUUGUUGUUGCUAUUGUAUGGUAAAUUAGCAAGCGUUUACACCAGACAGUGCAAAGUAUACACAACAUAUCUAUUAGACAGCCGCACGAGAUGACUUCUGCCUCAACCAAGGUGGGAGAGAUAUUCUCUGCAGCGGGAGCUGCCUUCACGAAGCUGGGAGAACUAACCCUGCAGCUACACCCCGUGUCAGACUCAAGUCCCGCUGGAGCCAAAUGGACAGAGACCGAGAUCGACAUGUUGCGGUCGGCUGUGAGGCGCUUCGGUGAUGACCUCAACAACAUCAGCUCUGUUAUCAAGGAGCGCACAGUGGCCCAGAUAAAGACCACAGUGAAGAGGAAGAUUUAUGAAGACAGCAGGGUACCCCUAUCUUCCGACUCCCCCAAAAAACCCACGAAGAAGACCACCAUCACCAUAGCAGCGGCACCUGCCCCCGUGGCCCCCACAGCGAUCGCCGUGCCGACCUCGCAGGUUGUCGUGACAACGGGUCUUCAGAGCCCCUCUUCUUUACAGCCGGCCAUUAAAAAACAGAAAACUGCAGAUGUGACGCUCAGCGCUCUUAAUGACUCGGACGUAAACAGUGAUCUGGUGGACAUUGAGGGACUAGGCGACGGCUCCACCACCAAGAAGCUCAACUUCGAUCAAGAGAGCCUCAAUCUGGAUUCUAGUCUCAUCAUGAACUCCAGUGACCUGCCUCUUCUUUCACGCUGACCUUUGACCUCGCUGCAUUUAUUCCAGAGCGAUCGCAACCCUGCUUUCCAUCCAGACACAGCAGACUACAGCUACUGACUUGUAGAGAAUUUUAUUUACAUAUUUUGGAGACAGAUUUUUUAACAGAUGGCUUUUCCCUCUCCCCAAGCUCUUGGUGCAACAUUAUUUUUGUUUAUUAUAAAAACAAUUGAAUCAGCUAAUUAUGAAUAUAGACGAUCUCUAGUCAAACUUUAGUAAAUAAAAAGAUUAAAGGCCCUUGGUCUCUUUGUGUUUGUGUGAAGGUUGGACUGUUUGCCCUCCUGGGUCCUAAAACUCUUGAUUUACAUGACUACAAUCAUGUGAAUGUAAAAUAUUACUUUUCUGAAAUGCCAUUGGUCAGAAAUCGUCAGUAAAAAGUCACAGUAAGGGACACUUUUCAAAUGAUACACCUAUUUUUAUUAGAAUUUUUUCAUAUACAAUAUAUAAUAUUUAUAUAUUUAAAAGGUAUACAUUGUUUCCACUAAAAAUGAGACAUAUUUAUCGUCAACUAUACAGGCAUGAGAUACUCAGAGGGAAUGAAUGAAUAUAGUAUUUUAUUUCUCUCUCUUUUACAGUUCCAUAAAAAUACAUCUCUUUUUGUUUCGAGACUUUUGUCGAAAAGCUAUUUACAGUUUGAAGAUACUUGUCUGAAUGUUCUGGUAGAUGUGCUUUUCAGUUCCCUUUCGCACCUCACUCUCCUUCGCGCCACAAACUCACUAAUAUAUCCUCUACUUUCUCUUUCCUGUCUCUUGUUCCUGUCUCUCUUGGUUACCAGCUGGGAGACCAGGAAGUAUGGCCUCAAUAACACUGACAUGUUUUUGGAGGAAGAAAAACAAGUCACAUUCAAUAUUGUGGCCAGUCAAAUUUUUCACGUGAUAUUUUAAAGAAUUACAGGAAAAGCUAUGGAAAAGAAAACAAAAGAUUAUAAAUGACAAUGCAGGUCAAGCGUGCCUGACUGAACACAACAUUCUAUGGUUGGUUGGAACAGAGACGG